AUGAAGAGUGCAGCAAUUAUUGGGGGGACUUCGCAUCCGGAACUGUUGCGCUUGAUUUCACAACGGUUAGGGAUUAAGCCUUGUGAGGUGUCCUUGAAGCGAUUUUCGAAUGGGGAAACAAGUGUAGAGAUUCAUGAUUCUGUACGUGACAAAGAUGUUUUUGUCCUCCAAAGCGGUAGCUCUACUGUGAACGACAGUUUAAUGGAGUUGCUCAUUAUAAUUAACGCUUGCAAAGGUGGUUCUGCUAGGAGGAUCACGGCUGUAAUGCCUUAUUUUCCUUACUCCAAGCAGUCAAAAAUGAGAAAGUACCGUGAUGCAAUCACUGCCAGAAUGGUUGCGAAUUUAUUAACCGUAGCUGGAGUUGAUCAUAUCAUCACUUUAGACUUGCACGCAUCCCAAAUGCAAGGGUUUUUCACUCGUCCAGUCGAUAACCUAUAUGCCGAGCCCAACAUUGCCGAAUGGAUCCGCAGAAAUGUCGAGGACUGGCAAGAAGCAGUUGUGGUAUCGAAAAGCCCUGGUGGCGCCAAGCGGGUAACCAGCAUGGCAGAUACGCUAGGUUUGGAAUUUGCUUUGUGUAAUACGGAUAGAAGCAGACGCUCUCAUUUCCCCCGUACUAUGGAUGAAUCUAUCAUGGAAGAACAACGAGUUACCAAUAGGCACCCCGAUCAUCCACGUAUUCACACAUCCAAAUACUUAUUGGGACACAUCGUGGAUGAUGAGGAGGUUGUCGGUACUCCUGCUAGUAAUGUUUCCGAGGAUUGCCAAUUGGAAAACACCUAUUCUCAGGGUGGAUGUCCCAGCGAUGAUGAAGAAGAGGAAAAAAUAAUGUCUGCUUCUAUCUUUACCGAGCGUAUGAUCACCUUGGUUGGUGAUGUUCGGGGCAAAACCACCUUAUUGAUGGACGAUAUGAUUGAGAACCCUACCACUUUUAUCAUAGCUGCCGAACAUUUGGUAAAACGCUGCGGCGCGAAACGUGUUAUCGUCAUGGGCUCGCAUGGUAUUUUCCAAAAUAACUGUCUCAGAGAUUUAGAAAAUUGUAACUAUAUCGAGCAAAUCGUAGUGACAAACACUUAUCCCAUCAAGCCACAAUCAUUAGCACAAAGCACAAAGCUUGCUUUGAUUGACAUCAGUGGUGUUUUGGCUGAAGCCAUUCGCCGUACUCACAACGGUGAGAGUAUAAGCUUUUUGUUUAAGAAAGCCCACUAA